AUGACAACACGUAUCAGUCGGGUUCUCUAUGACAUGCCACCUGCCAAACGACACGCCUCCGCUUCCACAGUGAGCUGCCCUCUAUCGAAUCCGCCGGGUGUCCCCGAGCCGCCAGGCAACCCUAACGUGAUUGCGCCUGCCAAGUCACCUGCGAAGGCCCCGGCCAAGUCGCCUGCGAAGGCGCCUGCCAAGUCACCAACCAAGACGCCUGUCAAGUCACCAACCAAGACACCGGCCAAGGCGCCGGCCAAGUUGCCCGCCCAAGCUGCUGCUAAGGCCCAGACGACAAGAAAGAAACGUGCGCGUAUAGCGGUCGCUGCGUUUCCGGUACCGUCACUACGUCCAGUGCGUUUGUGUACUGUACGUGCAGAAGAAGUGAACAUAUCUGUUGGUGAUGACCGUCUAAGCUUUGGCGACGAGGACGACUUUCAAGUCGAUGAAGGCGAUGAGUCUGAUGUUGAAGGUACACGUAAAAGCUCAGCCGAUGAUGAAGAAGAAAAUACCAGCAAUGAGGAAGAUGCGGUCGAUCGCUCAGCAGGAACUCCGUUCGACCAGAUGAGCAAGGACCAGCUGAGCGAACACGCGAAAACGGGCUGGGCUACCUACUUCGAAGAUUCAUGUGAGUGCUUUCCUCUGCCAUCGGCAGAGCUUACACGCUGCUCCGCCACACCUACGGAGUUGGUGACAGCACUGGGAAGUAACUUGGAAGGAUUAUUCUUCCUGUUCCUGCCUAAAUCAAUGUGGGUGUCUGUCGCUACUGUAUCAAAUCAGUACCAGCUUCAGUAUCGAACGCAGGCAGCGCACGAAAUAAUGGCACGGCAGCGACGGAUCAAGAUGAGGCGACCUGACUACAAGAUGAAAACAGUACCGCAAGUCCAGACUGAGUAG